AUGACCGCGAAGCCAAAGUCGCUCGUCGUCACCCUCAAGCUUCCACAGAGUGCACUGACGACCUUUCCCCACGAGCCCAUCGCCGCUCCCGCGACUGAAUCAAAGCCUAGCUCACCACCAUCCGACGCGCCGUCCAUUACCGUCGACCCAAUGCCUGCCGACACAUCCGCCAACUCGCCCGCCGCCAUGAACGGAGCCAGCACGCCCUCGUCGCUCGCACCGCCCGUGCCAGAAGCGGAGAAGACCAAGGCCAAAAAGGGCCCCAAGCCAGGCUCCAAGCGCUCGUCUGCCGUCAUGGAGGGCUCCUCGGCCUCCACGCCCAAGCCGCCGCGUGGCAAGCCAGGCCCCAAGCGCAAGAAGAUGGGAGACAUGCUCAACGACCCCAACGAAAAAGGUCCAUUUGCCGCUCCUGCGCCCAUCAACAAGCUCGGCCCCAAGGCCAACAUGGGCAUCAUCAACCAAAACUUGCGCAAUCUGGACCGCACCGGCAAGAAGUGCAGGAGGUGGGAGAAACGUGGCUUCCAAGUACGCUCCUUCACUGGCGUCGUCUGGUCUGUACCAAGCUACCAGGCACCUCCACGCAACUCCACCUUCCUCGAGGAUGUCAAGAGCGACUCUGCCGGCUCCAGCGCCGACUCAAAGAUGAAGGAAGAGAGCAGUGCCAUUAGCGACAGCCUGCCCAAUGGAGAUGGCAACACACCAGUCCCGACUCCACUUGAUGGUCUUGCCAGUUCGCCUGCUCCUAUCCCUGCCGCUUGA